AUGUUGUUACAAUUGGGAUUGAACGGUUGUUACCGUGGUGUAGUGAGACCCAGCGUUAUCGCAAGAGCUUCUAGAACGCUCGGUAAGAGAUUUAACUCGCAGGCUGUCAAGACUACUUUUGAAAAAGAGCAUGAGAUUUUAGUGGCUCAGAGAGGUAACAGACCUGUUUCUCCACAUUUGACCAUUUAUCAACCACAGUUGACAUGGUACUUGUCUUCUUUGCAUCGUAUUACUGGUGUUAUUCUUGGAUCAGGGUUCUUUGCAGUUACUAUCGCAUUUGGUAUUUCUACCCUAUUUGGUCUAGGGCUUAACACUGAGAAUUUGAAGAACUAUUACAAAGAGAAAGUACCAGCUUGGGCUGAUUGGACUGCUAAAGGUACUGCAGCCUAUUUCUUUGCAUUCCAUUUCGGUAAUGGUAUUAGACAUUUGAUUUGGGAUACCGGUAAGGAGUUGACUAUCAAGGGUGUUAACAGAACAGGUAUUGUUGUCUUGGCCCUCACUGCCAUUGGUGGAACUGCACUAUUAUUCAAAUGA